ACAACAUCUGGAGAAGAUGUACGCGACUUCACUAAGGUGCUGAAGAACAAGUUCCGGUCAAAGAAGUAUUUUGCUAAGCACCCACGACUUGGCUACCUUCCUGUGCAAACAGUUCUUGAAGGCGAUAACUUGGAGGCUCCUAUCACACUCAUCAGUAUGUGGCCAGAGCAAUAUGAUCCCUCCCAGUCUCCACAGCUAUUUCAUGAUGACACACACUCCAGGAUAGAGCAGUAUGCCACCAG